AUGGAGGAGGUCUUUCUCCUGCUCAGGGGCUGUGUGGUGCUGGCGGUGCUGCUGUGUCCUGUGUGCACUGCCUGCCCCAAGAGCUGCCGCUGCACGGAGAGGGGCGGCCUGGUGGUACAGUGCGCCUCCCGAAACUUGGAGACCAUCCCGGUGGAUUUACCGCGAGACACGGUGGCCCUGCUGCUGGGCUCCAACCGCAUCACCCACGUCCCCGCCCGGGCCUUCCGGGGCCUUCCGCGACUGCAGGAGCUGGACCUCUCCCACAACGCCAUCGUGGAGCUGGAGCCGGGCGCCUUCCAGGGCCUGUCUGAGGGCCUGCGCUCUCUCGACCUCUCCCACAACCUUCUCCGCAGCCUGCCCAAGCAGGCCUUCUCACAGCUCCAGGCCCGGCUCCGGCUGUCCCACAACCCGUGGCACUGCGAGUGCGGGCUCCAGGAGGCCCUGCGCGAGCUGAGUCUGGACCCCGAGACGGCCGGGGAGCUCCGCUGCCUGUCCGCCACCCAGGAGCAGUAUGCCGGCCAGCCCCUAGUGCAGCUGCUGGACUCGGGGGCCAACUUCUGCUCCUUCCCCCAGCGCACCACCGACCUGCCCAUGCUGCUCACCAUGUUGGGCUGGUUCUCCAUGGUCAUCGCCUACGUGGUCUACUACGUACGGCACAACCAGGAGGAUGCCAGGAGGCACCUGGAGUACCUCAAGAGCCUGCCCAGCACCUCUCAGAUCAGCAAGGACUUUGACACCAUCAGCACCGUACUCUAG